AUGGCCCGCCUCAACCCCUUCUCCUUCACGCCUGGGCCAGUCAUCUUCUUUACUACCAUCGUCUACGUGGGCCUCUUUGCUGCCCUGCUCGUUACCCACCUGACGGUACCGAAUUAUCCAUCCAAUCCGCCAACCGGCGUCAACCUCACAGAAGCUUGGGGCGACCUCCAGCACAUUACCCGCCGGUUCCACCCAUACAACAGCCACGCGAACGACGAUGUACGCAAAUAUCUGCUUGCGCGCAUCAAGGCCAUCGUUACUUCAAAAGACCUGGAUAAGGGCCAAGUCGAGCUCUUCGAUGACCUGACCGCAAACGCCACAUUUUCAUCUGGCAGCACAUCUAUCUAUUUUGAAGGCACUAAUAUCAUUGUUGCAAUCCGCGGUUCUGAUGAUGACGAACCCUUCAAUGGGACUGAGCGCAGUCCGGAUAACGGCGGCGUACUUGUGAACGCCCAUUACGACUCAGUGAGCAGCGGGUACGGUGCAACUGACGAUGGCGUGGGUGUUGUGACGAUACUGCAACUUUUAUCCUACUUCACAGAAUCCAAGAACUGGCCCAAAAGAACCGUGGUACUGUUGCUCAACAACGGCGAAGAGGAUUAUCUCAACGGCGCCAAAGCUUUCAUGCGGAAUCCGAUUUCUCAGGUCGCCCAUACGUUCGUAAACCUCGAGGGAGCUGGAGCUGGCGGCAGAGCUACCUUGUUCAGAAGCACCGAUACCGAAAUCACCCGCUACUACAAAAAGGCUAAAUAUCCUUUCGGAACAGUCGUGAGCGGAGAUGGCUUCAAAAAGGGUUACAUUCGAAGCGAAACUGAUUACAAAGUCUUCCACGGCGAACUUGGGCUACGCGGCCUGGACAUCGCGUUCAUGGAGCCCAGGGCCAGAUACCACACUGUGGAAGACUCCACACGUGAAACUUCGAUGAACUCGCUCUGGCACAUGCUUUCAGCAGCUCUGGCCUCAACAUCUGGAUUGGCUUCCAUCACCAGUGACGAAUUCAGUGGCUCAGAAAGCCUCGAUAACGGUAGAAUCAAUACCGGAACUGGCAGCGACGGCGUAUGGUUUGACCUCUUCGGCAAGGUGUUCGUCGUUUUUAAGCUACAUACCCUUUUCGCUUUGUGCGUCACUUUGCUGGUUGUGGCACCUCUUACAUUGAUCGGUUUGACGUUUGGGCUCUCCAAGGCUGACAAGAACUACCUAUUGGCGCGCAAAGCCUACAUCUAUUCGUCUGACGAUGACAAUCCGGUACCUUUAUACGGCUGGCGCGGCUUCUUCCGCUUCCCCAUCAUCUUUGUCACUGCAAGUGCUGUUGUGGUCGCAUUGGCUUAUCUCAUAGUCCGGUUCAAUCCCUUCAUUGUUUACAGCAGCCCAUUCGCCGUCUGGAGCAUGAUGCUCUCAGCCUGGAUAUUCAUCGCUUGGUUCCUUGCGCGAGGGGCCGAUGCUAUGCGGCCAUCAGCACUCCAGCGCAUGUACGCUUUGAUCUGGCUUUUCAUCGGCUCCUUCGUGCUUCUCACAAUCAUCACGGUCUUCGUGAACGACUACCAGGUUGCCGCUGGUUAUUCUGCGAUGUUCUACUUCGCAGCUGUGUUCGCGGCAAUCCUCCUCUCCUACCUCGAACUCUUCCUCGCUCCAACCAAAUCUGCGUAUGCCCGUCAUUUCGAGCAGGAAGACGAAUCCCGGCGCAACUCAGAGUCCGCAAGCAGGCCCCUUACAGGCAGCACCACCGCUGCACGGUCCGAUGAUCGCCCCGUGGGAGACGAUGACGCCACCGAGACCACCUCACUUUUACGCGGCGAUCGACGUGGAUUCGCAAGAUACGGCGGCAACAGGCGAGACUCCAUCAGCGAGAGCGGCGAGGAUCAUGCUCAAGGGCCCCGGCGAAUAGAUCUCGGCAACGUGUAUCCUGGAGAACAAGAGUGGAGCGGCAAAUUACCGAGCUGGAUCUGGGUCGUUCAACUGCUACUCUUAGCGCCAAUCGUGAUCAUCCUUGUCGGACAGGUCGCUUUACUCCUCACGUCGGCCCUAUACCAGACGCCAUCCGAUGGUAACUCGCCUCUGUUUAUUUACCUCGCCUUCGCAGCGCUUACUGUGUUGUUGCUCGCACCCACCGGCCCGUUUAUUCACCGCUUCACAUAUCACAUCCCCACCUUUUUAUUCCUGAUAUGCGUCGCAACCGUCAUCUACAACCUUGUUGCGUUCCCUUUCAGCAGGGAUCAUCGCUUAAAGGUGUACUUCGUCCAGCGGGUUAAUUGCGAGACUGGUCAUAACGUCAUGUCCCUGACCGGCUUGGACGGCUAUGUGCAACGCAUUGUUGGCGAGUUACCCAGUGCGCAAGGCCAGCAGCUUGAUUGCACGACGCCCGAGGUUGCGACGCGUAAGGAACUAAAGCAGUGCCAGUGGCAGGGUCUUGACGCUAAAGUCGUCCCAAAGACAGCGCAAGCCGCGCCAUUUGACAACAACACAUACAUUGCCAGCUGGCUCGAUUACUCGAUUCAUAAAGGCAAUCACUCGAACAAGGCGACGAUACGCGUUGUUGGGCACAACACCCGAGCAUGUCGCGUGCUGUUCGACUCGCCCAUUACAGCGUUGAGCGUCGACGGCGCCGUUUCAGAUCCUCGCUUCAAACCCGUCGGUGGGGACGGCGCCCGGGAAGUGCGACUGUGGCAUCGCGAAUUUGGGCAGCCCUGGAACGUUAGCGUGACUUGGAACGCCAAAGAACAAUCGAAACUUUCUGGAAGGGUCGUGUGCAUGUGGUCGGACGCCAACACAGGCGACAUCCCUGCUUUCGACGAGGUGCAGCACUAUCUGCCUGUGUGGGCAAUUCCCUCCAAGAUUAGCGAUGGCUUGGUCGAGGGCUUCAAGCAGUUCGAAAUCUAG